CAGGUCAAGUCAAGCCUUGCUGUAUCUGACAUUUCAAUAAAAGCACCAAAGCAUUGCACGUCAGUAUUGCUCAUUAAGUUCCACGCAUCUUCCGCGCAGUGCUACAGAAAGCACGCCAGCAAUAAUUGACUUUUCCGUGCCGCAUGCAUCGCAGCGGUUCAAUUGGCAUGAUGAGUCCUGGAUCAUUGGAUGGCCAGAACCCAGCUUUCUUCAAGCACGCAGAAUAAAGAGGGUUGCGUGUGGGUUAUCCAAUGUCGAAGGCUGAGAAUCGGCGGAGAUCACAGCAGCGUGUGGAUCGUGUCGUUUGAGCACUCCGUAGAUCUGGGAAUCCACAUUCCUCUUCUUUUGAGGCUUCGCUCCAUCAAUCUCGAGAUGGAAAGAAAAGAAUUCACUCAUUCAGAAGAUCCGAUAUACGAAGCGUCUUCCUCAUCGACCUCUCCACAUGUAGGUGAUUAUGAAGGCGGCGAAAUCAAAAAGCCGAAAGGAAAUGACUACGAAGUGUUUUUGAGCUUUAGAGGGAAAGACACUCGUAAAGGUAUCACCGAUUAUCUCUAUACUAGCCUUGUUGAUGCAGGAAUUCGAGUGUUCAGAGAUGACAAUGAGCUCCGUGUUGGUGAGGAAAUUGGUCCAGAGCUUCUCUGCAGUAUUACACAGUCUAAGAUCUCGAUCCCGAUUAUAUCUGAGGAUUACGCUUCCAGCAAAUGGUGCCUUUGCGAGCUUGUUCAGAUGUUGAAGUGUACGAAAAGCAGAGGGCAAGUAGUGUUGCCCAUAUUUUACAAAGUGGAACCCUCACAGGUGCGACAUUUGACAGAAAAAUUUAGAGAUGCUAUCAAUGCACAUAAAGAGAAUUUGGACGAAAUGGUUGUGAAGGAAUGGGAAGAAGCGCUCAAAGAAGUCAGUUCCUUGAAAGGAUGGGAAUCGGAGAAAAUUAAGAAUGGGCAUGAAGGAGAAUUAGUUAAAAUUGUUGUCAGAGAAGUCAUAGGCGAGUUGAAAAGACCUUUUCAACUAAUUGUUCCCAAAGAGUUGGUCGGAAUUGAUAAUCGUGUAGAAGAAAUUAUGAGCUUCAUAGAUGCUAAAUUUAAUGAUACAAGGAUUAUUGGAAUUUAUGGAAUGGGCGGUAUCGGUAAGACAACUCUUGCAAGGGUCUUGUACAACAAUCUCUCCAGUCGUUUCGAACAUCAUAGCUUCGUGGCAAAUAUUCGAGAAACAUCUCUACGCAAGGGUAUUGAACGGCUACAAAAGCAGCUCAUUCGCGAUGUACUAAGAAGUCCAGAAAAUGUGUCUAAUGUCGAUGAGGGAAUCGGUAUCAUCAAAUCUCGAUUUACAAGUAAGAAAGUCCUAGUUCUUCUUGAUGAUAUGGAUGAUAAGGCUCACUUGAAUGCUUUGGCUGGAGAUAGUAGUUGGUUUAAAUCUGGAAGUAUAGUCAUCAUAACCACUAGAAACAAGAGUAUUCUUGAUGAGGCUAGGGCAGCCUACAUGUACGAACUUGAGAAGUUGCCUUUGGAUCCAUCAUUGAUUUUAUUUAAUAGACAUGCAUUUCGAAAGGAUUCUCCUCACAGUGAUUAUGAGGUUAUCUCUCGUGAUAUCGUGUCUACUACUGGGGGACUUCCCUUAGCUCUUGAAGUUAUAGGUUCUUUCUUGCGUGAAAAGAAAAAUAAAACAUGGAAAGAUACAUUAAAGAAAUUAAAGAAAGUACCUGACCAGAAAGUGCAAGAUACAUUGAUGAUAAGUUACGAAUCAUUAGAUUAUGAGACGAAACAGAUAUUUUUGGAUAUAGCAUGUUUUUGCAUUGGAUCAUCUAAACAAAGUGCAACUUAUAUGUGGGAUGCCUGCGAAUUUUUCCCGGAGAAUGGUAUUGAAGUAUUGAGCCUUAUGUCGCUAAUUAAAAUUGAUGCAAACGGCUAUCUAAUGAUGCAUGAUCAACUGAGAGAUCUUGGAAGGGAAAUUGUUUGUCUAGAACAUCCAAAGGAGCCUCAAAAGCGCAGCAGAUUAUGGAUUUAUGAGGAAGCCUCGGAUGUGCUUCACAACAACAAGGGCACUAGUAAGAUUGAGGCCCUUUGUCUUGGCUAUUAUGGCAAGAAAAGCUAUGGUUGGCAUUAUAAGAUGAAGGCCUUUCAUCUUGGCUAUAAUGGCUGGAAAAGCUACCGAGGUGAACAAUUUAACGAACUCACCAACUUGAGGUUCCUUCAAGUGUGCGGUGUGAAUUUCAUCGGAGAUUUCCAAAAUUUGCUUCCUCAAUUAAGAUGGCUUCAGUGGGAGAAUUGUCCCUCAAAUUUCGAAAUGGCCAACUUUCAUCCGAAGAAAUUAAUUGUGCUUGAUCUAUCAUAUAGUAGCAUUUCAGAGGACUGGGAAGGAUGGGGUCCACUCAAGAUGGCAACCGAGCUGAAAGUUCUCAACCUCUCGUAUUGUGAACAUUUGAGAAGAACUCCCGACUUGUCUGCUUUCAAAAGCUUGGAGAUUUUGAUUCUUAAAAACUGUUGGAGUCUGGAAGCAAUUCAUCCUUCUAUUUGGUAUAUCAAUACUCUCGUCUCCUUGAAUGUCAAGCGUUGUGAGAGACUGAAGGAGCUACCAGCAAGAGUAGGGAGAAUGGAAGAAUCGAGGGAGCUUCUCAUAAAUGACACCGCUAUAAAAGAGAAUCCUAUUUCGAGAGGUUGUUUGAUGAAGCCAAAGAUUCUAGGUGCCCUAAGUUGUGAUAAAUUUGCUAAACUUCCGGAAUCCAUGGGCUCCCUUGUGUCGUUAACUCAGCUGAACUUACGAGAGACAGAGAUUGAAGAAUUACCUGAAUCCAUUGGUUCUAUGCAGGCGCUGGAGACUCUUAAUGCCUCUUGGUGUGAAUCAUUAGCUCGCAUACCUAGCUCCAUAGGCAAUCUAGCAUCUCUAUCUCGCCUUGACCUAUUGGGAUGUCGAUCGUUGAGAGAGAUCCCUGACUCGAUUGGAAAGUUGGCAUCAUUGGAUGAGCUGCGAUUAACGUGGACAUCGAUUACAAAAUUACCUGAAAGCAUUGGGAAUCUGCAAAAUUUGAGGAUCUUGAACAUUGAUGGAACUCUCGUGACGGAAUUCCCUAGUGCCAUUGGAAUGCUGGCGAAACUCCAAGAGUUGAGUGCAACAUAUUGCAAAAAUUUGAAAGGACUGCCUAAUGGUAUAGGCGAACUGGUUUCGCUAAACAAGCUUGAUUUAAACGAAUCGGGAAUUUUAGGCUUGCCAGAAAGCAUUUCUAAGCUCUCUUCUCUCCAACAUCUCAGCGUUCAAAUUUGCAAAAACCUUCGUGGAAUACCUGAACCGCCCUCCAGCUUAACAGCUCUGCACAUCACUUUCCCAAGUCCAUCGUUACCAUUUCUUUCCAAACUAACCCUUCUCGAGGAACUCACUCUUUGUGAUUGCCGUCCACUUGAAUGUCUCCCAGAGCUUCCCGUCCGACUAUCGAAGCUUUCUCUUCCAUGUGAAACGUGUACCGCCGAUUGGUUCGACGAGGAGCGCUUAUACGAAUUGAUCCGCGACAAGUCCUUUGGGCUAAGAAAAGCCAUCAGACGCUGGGACUGGGGGUAUUUUCCGUAUGUCUCUUACACAUUGAAUAGGCAUUCCCAGAUUGUCCAGAGGUGA